CAUGUUGUUGGAGAAAAAGUGAGGGCUUUACCUAGACAAGAAGGGGCUAUGGAUAAAUAUACAAGCGAUAAAGUAAACCGAGACGCGAAGCCUAAAAAAUAGCAGAUUAGAGAAAACAACAACAAAGUAACGUUAUCAUGCCCCUCCCAUGUGGAAGAGAAUAGAAGGCGGGAAUAAAUAAAUAUCAAAAUAUUUUGUCGCCGUAGGUUUGAGAUAUUUCUGCGCGAAGGGAAAUUAUUCAUUUCAAGCCUCGCUAGAUUUAAUGCCACUAAAUGCGGACCGACUGUGUGUCGCUGGAAAAGGUCGGUUGGACGUUGAGGGCUGUGCGUUUGUUAGAUGGAAAGUUCUAUCAUCACUCAAGUGCAGAGAGAGGAUUCUCGGUUGUCUUCGAAAACAGAUCAGGUGAAUAAAAGCUCACCUCAGAAACCUGGGAGUAGGAAUAUCUUCAAAAAGCUCAUCUGUUGCCUUCGAGCUCAAGAUGCCCAACUGCCAACAUCACCUACCCAUGAUGCCUUGCUAGCCCCCGAGGACAAUGGGACAGUUGCCAAAGUACCAGGAGAGUGUCUGCUGCCAGCAGUGACCUCUCAGGACCAGGGGAAGAUCUGUGUGGUCAUAGAUCUGGACGAAACACUGGUGCAUAGCUCAUUCAAGCCAAUAAGCAAUGCAGAUUUCAUUGUGCCUGUGGAGAUUGAGGGGACCACACACCAGGUGUAUGUGUUGAAGAGGCCAUAUGUGGACGAGUUUCUUCAGAGGAUGGGAGAACUGUUUGAAUGUGUUCUGUUCACUGCCAGCCUUGCUAAGUAUGCAGACCCCGUGACUGACCUGCUGGAUCAGUGUGGUGUGUUCCGCACACGGCUCUUCCGUGAAUCUUGUGUCUUCUAUCAAGGCUGCUAUGUUAAAGACCUGAGUCGCCUCGGCCGUGAGCUCCACAAAACCCUGAUCCUGGACAACUCCCCUGCCUCCUACAUCUUCCACCCUGAGAAUGCUGUUCCUGUGCUCUCCUGGUUUGAUGAUACAGAGGACACUGAACUGCUUCACCUCAUCCCAGUAUUUGAAGAGCUAAGUCAGGCUGAUGAUGUCUACAGCAGACUUGAACAACUCAGGGGUCCAUAAUCCCUACACCACCAGACCAAGGCAAACCUCCAUGUUGUGUAGCACUGACUGCCAAUCACAAGCGAGCGGCUCAUAUGAUAGGAGACUCCGCCUUCUGACCUGAAAACAAACACGGAAUCUCAUAAUUUUGCUCAGCACAAAGCAUAUGCGGUUCUGCUACAUACAGUAUUGUUCAAAAUAAUAGCAGUAC